UAGUACACCAUACCAGGGACCUACCUGCUGAUCACGAGUGGUGGAGAACGCCGAAAUAGGGAGCAACAAACGUGAAAAAACUAUUAAAUCUCGCAGUUAACCAGAGAGAAGCAACUUGGCAACAUGUCUGAGCCUGCCAUUGAUAAGCCGGACGAUGUAGUGGAAGAGGCACCGGCGGCUGAAGAGCCGGCAGCUAAGAAUGAUGAACAGGUGGAAACAGCCGAGAAGAAGACGGAGGAGGAGACCUCGCCCAGGAAGAGGAAGCGCCAAGUACACGAUGCCAAUGGGCAUCUGUUCCGAAACACCAACUUCAAGCAGCCAACCUUCUGUUCGCACUGCAACAAGUUCAUCUGGGGUAUGUGGUCCCAAGGUUACCAGUGUAAAGCGUGCCGUGUGGUGGUCCACAAGCGAUGUCAUGAUCAGAUUAUUCCAGCAUGCCCUUCCUCAUCAGACCAACCAGGGGAUAAUUAUUCGCAUGCGUUGAAGGUCAGCAAUUAUUUCCGACCCACAUUCUGUCGUCACUGUGGUUCUUUGCUGUAUGGCUUCAUACACCAGGGCCUCAAAUGUCAGGAUUGCAAGAUGAACUUCCACAAACGAUGUGGCAAACAUGUUGCGCCGAAUUGCGUCCGAAAAGUUACGACCGAGGUGGAGUCCUAGGUCAACCAAGUAUUGAUGGGCGAUGAACCAGUGAGACGUCGGCGCUUGGAACACCAUUCAGUGGAUUUUUUUGAUCUUAGCAGAGUUUGUUGAGCUAGAGAUAAAAAUCUGAACUGCCUUGUAGCAAUAGUGUUUGUCGGCUUCGCUUUUUUCCAUAAGAGCUCGCAAUGUAAAUGCAUUUAUUGCUUCGCAGGAUUGACAGUAGUACGUUUCUGUAAUGCAUCAGAUUUGCUGCUUACUUGUGCAUAGCGUGAAGUGAGUGCCUUACAGAGGCAAACUGUGUUUUAAUGUCAACGACUUUGUGCGCAACAGUUUAGCUUCGACUUAAAUUACCAGAAAAAGGCACUGUAGAUGGAGACAUUUCACUUCAGCGUUCGAAGUAUUCGACGCCAAAUUUAAAUAGGAAGAAAACAGGUAUAUUAAGAAUAGUUUAUUUUGCAUGAACAUAUGAACAUAAAUUUUGAUAUUUUGAUAAUUAUAUGAAUAUAUACUGCUUCCGAACAUAAUUAUUUUUGUAUUAUUCUUAAAGAUCUUUCAGUACCUUUUUGUAAAUAAAUACAUUAUCAAGACAAAAGAUUUGUGUGGACAAGCUAUUGUGGUGUAGAGAACGUUCCAUAGAAUUAUGCACGUGCCACACCUCAUACAUCCAGGAUUUAAAUAACCUUAUAUCGCAUUUCAAAUAAGGAAUUUUCUUUUCAAAACUAAAACCUAAUUAGAACGUAAAUUGACGUUGGCAUUUCCUUUGACCCAGUGUACUCUCUGAAAUAGGUUUGAUGCAUGUAACAUGUUUUUGAUGCCGUUUUCUAUUUUAUGCGCUAAGUUUAAAUUAAGCUGUGACAGUAGAUGUUACCUGCGUUAAAUUUAAACUCCCACUUUUAGGCGCCAUGUAACCCAAGCUGUGCUCAUACAUAAGUUUAUUACUUUUUGUCCUGUGAGCCGAUCAGUAAGUCAUCUUGGAUAAUCACGUGACAGCUUUUGGAAUAUUGUCAUUCCAUUCGAAUUCCUUGGGUAUCAAUUUUUAGGAAUUUCAAUGAUGCUCAUUGGUAAUGAUAAAUUCAGUGAACUGGUGCAUGCUUUUUUGAGUAAAAGAUGAGCAAGUGUAACGAGCAAAAAUACCUUGUCGAUGUG